UGGAUGUGGAUCCGGGUUGAAACUGGAUUGUCUGGAUUUGGAUGUGGAUUAGAAUGCUGAUGUGGAGCAGCUGAGCUUGGGGACGGACGCAGCGAGCUGUAGCAGGACCACAUGGACAUGUUUGGGUUUUCCAAGAUGCCAAAGCUGUCCGGCCAUAAGAACAAAAUGUCGGGCUGGCCGCCCCCCGGUCCAGGCUCCUGGGGAGGACUGCAGGGACCCCCGUACAGCUGGGACAGCAUGAACAGCACCAGGGAGGGACGGGACUGCCUCACCACCCAAGUGUCCCAGAGCAGCUCCCUGGAGGAGGUCCACCUGGACGGGGUCCCGCCGGCCCCCCGCCUGGUGGAGAUGAGGCGGGACCCGGUGCUCGGCUUCGGCUUCGUGGCCGGCAGCGAGAAACCGGUGGUGGUCCGCUCCGUCACGCCAGGGGGUCCAUCAGAGGGGAAGCUGUUGCCAGGCGAUGAGAUCAUCAUGAUCAACGAGGAAGCGGUCAGCUCGGCUCCCAGAGAACGAGUCAUCGACCUCGUCAGGAGCUGCAAAGAAUCCAUCAUGUUGACUGUUGUCCAACCGUAUCCGUCCCCUAAAUCAGCGUUCAUCAGUGCAGCCAAAAAAGCCAUGCUCAAGUCCAAUCCGGUCAAAGUGCGCUUUGCAGAGGAGGUCAUUAUAAACGGCCAGGUUCCAAACCCGGUGAAGGACAACUCUCUGCUGUUCAUGCCAAACGUCCUGAAGGUCUACCUGGAGAACGGGCAGACCAAGUCCUUCCGCUUCGACUGCAGCACUUCUAUCAAGGAUGUGAUCCUGACCCUGCAAGAGAAACUGUCAAUCAAAUGCAUCGAGCACUUCUCGCUGGUGUUGGAGCACCGGACGGAAGGAUCUGGAAGCAAACUGCUUCUCCUGCACGAACAGGAGAUGCUUACUCAGGUGACCCAGAGGUCGGGCUGUGACAAGAUGAAGUGUUUCUUCAGGAUCAGCUUCGUGCCCAGAGACCCCGUGGAGCUGCUCCGGAGAGACGCCGUGGCGUUUGAAUACCUCUACGUCCAGAGUUGUAACGACGUGGUUCUGGAGCGGUUCGGACCAGAGCUGAAGUACGACGCUGCGCUCCGAUUGGCCGCUCUGCAGAUGUACAUCCUCACCAUGACGACCAGGCAGAGCCAGAAGGUCUCCCUCAAAUACAUCCAGAAGGAGUGGGGUCUGCCUCUGUUCCUGCCCCCCGUCGUUCUGUCCAGCAUGAAGGAGAAAAACAUCAAGAAGGCUCUGACACACAUCCUCAAAACCAACCAGAACCUCGUUCCUCCGGGGAAGAAACUGACGGCUCUGCAGGCCAAGGUGCAUUACCUGAGGUACCUGAGUGAGCUGAGACUCUACGGAGGGAGGGAGUUCAAAUCAAUACUGCUGCAGGGGGAGAAGCAGACGGAGGUGAUGCUGCUGGUGGGACCUCGCUACGGCAUCAGUCACGUCAUCAACAUCAGGACCAACCUGGUGGCUCUGCUGGCCGACUUCAGCCACGUCAACCGCAUCGAGAUCCUCACCGAGGACGAGACCAACGUCAGGCUGGAGCUGCACGUCCUGGACGUCAGGCCCAUCACUCUGAUCAUGGAGUCCAGCGAUGCUAUGAACCUGGCCUGUCUGACUGCAGGCUACUAUCGCCUCCUAGUGGACGCCAGGAGAUCUAUCUUCAGCAUGCCUCACUACAACAGCACCGGAGACAGGGACGACAACAGUCAGGAUCGUGUCCUGGAGUGGCCCUACAGCACAUCCCUGGGGGACACCGAGGAGCCGUCGCCCGGCCAAGUGGAGGUCUACAACAGGGACUCUGAGUAUUCAGACAACGGGCAGAGAGAGAUCUCUCCUUACUUCCACGAACCCCAAAACCCCGACAGAGACCUGGGGACUCGGAGAAGUCCUCUUCCUCCUCCUCUUCCCCCGUCGACGAGACACAAACCUCAAGAGUCGCCGCGGAGCGCCAAAGUGUCGUUUAUCUUCGGGGGCGACCCCAAACCCAAGAACUUAGGCUACGAGAGGCUGUUGGAGAGCCCCGAGGGGCCCGAGCACAGACCGCCAUACUUGCACAACAACACAGACUUCCGGCCUCAGGACCGGGUGCCGUUUCAGUUCAGCGGCCUGACGCACGUUUAUAGCAACAUUAUAACGGAGGAAGGAGGCGAGGAGCCGCUGCUACGGGAUCUGUUUUACCGCGACACGACGGACGACGCCGAGGACGAUGACGACGCGUCCUGUGAGGAAGACUCGACGGGAGGGACGCCAGUGGGAGACGACACAGGAGGUGGAGGUGAGAACUGUGGAGGAGGGUUGGCCACGGCGUCCGGGAAAGCCUCCUUCUUAAAGAUCCCUGGCUCCACGGACGACAUCAUCGACCUGACGUCGCUGCCUCCUCCCGAGGGAGACGACGGCGUGGACGAGGACGAAGACGACUCGCUGCUGCAGACGCUCAACCUCGCCAUCGCCGCCCCGCCGCCGGGCUUCAGGGACAGUUCGGACGAGGAGGUGGCGCCCGAGGGACGGCCGCUGAGCACACGAGACAACGACGAUAUCCCCGUGUCGUUGAUCGACGCCGUUCCGACGCACAGCGAGGCGGAAGGGAGCCGGGGAGGAGAGAGGAGGCUGGACAACGCCGUCAUGAACACUCUGCAGGCGCUGGAGGCUCUGUCGGUGUCUGAGCAGAGACCUCCACCUCCUCCACCCAGCAGCAACAACCCAGGUGUUUACACGUCUCGAGGCUUCAGCCCGGAGUCGUCCUCAGAUUCUGGCAACGAGACGAACUCAUCAGAGAUGACUGAAAUCUCUGAACUGGCUGCUUCUCACAGGCUCAACGAGAGCCACAUGCGUCUCCUGGUGGCCACGAGGGAAGGCUACCAGCCUUUACUGGAGGAGAAAACAGAAUUCCCCGUCUCACCCAGCACAGUAGGAACGAUCCAGAAGAAACCCCGUAGUCCGACGCGGCACCUCCAGCCUCCAGCCGUUCCUCCCAGACGGAGCCCGCUGUUGGACUCUGCCUCCGGGCCUGACAGCCUGGCGGUGCGGCCCCAGGUUAACGUCUCAUCCACUCUGCAGCGCCCAAGCUCCACCACACCUGGAGGCAAGCAUCACAAGAAAUCUGCAGACUCUAGUGGGAAGUACAACACCUUCAGCACAAGGGACGGGCAUCGAGGGGAAAUCGCCGGGAGCCGCAGUCAUCUGGAGUUGGACCAGCGUACGUCAUUCUGCGAGCGAGGACAGAAUUCUUUUUUAGCUGAAAACUCUGUAGCGGAGGGCGUUGCAAUGAACAGCCUCCCCCGGGAGCAUCACAGACUCCCUCGCCCUCCCUCCACUACCUCUGAACGCCUGCUGGACAACUCGGGGGACUGCGGCGGCGGCGGCGCCGAUAACGGAGCCGCAGCUGUCGAGCAAGACGAACAUCUAGUUGUAGCAUCGUUGCUGUCCCCGUCCAAAAAGCCCCGAUCGGGGGGCUCCGAGCAGGGAUCGGACGUGCAAAACGAGCAUCCGCCAAUUUCUAGACAGCAGAGUGUUGCACGGUUGUGCGAGUACCAUCUCGCAAAAAGGAUUUCAAACUUGCAAGGAGAAGCCCACAGCUCGUUACAGGGCUCUCUGUGCUCGUCACUGGACGCCGGCGGCAGCACCAACAGUAGUGCCUGCGCCACGCCGACCGACUCGCCGCUCGGCCCCGGCGCGGUCGAAUCAAAGCACCACCAUCUGCAAAGGCACCCUCUUUCUAGCUCCUCCUCCUCAUUACUCAGGGUGCUGAACUAUGAAGAAAGCAAACCUGGAGUCCCUCGCGGCGUCCCCAACCAGGGCACUCAGGGAAAAGACCUCCACCCUCACGCCGACCCCGCCCUGCUUCGGAAAAUGCUGCCCAACAUUCACCCUCCCGCCGCUGCUGCUGCUGGGGCCGAACCGGGCCGCCCCUCCUCGGCCACUCCGUCCAAGCAUAAAGAGACCACAGGUACUGGGAGCAAGAGGCCCCACAAUGAUCUGCAUGCUAAACAACAGGCCUGUUUUAAAGGGCUGAACCAGAAGGAAGGAAGUGAGGCCUACAGACAACUCAUUAACUAUCUAACAGUCAGCCAGAUGCAUCAGGGAGGGAAGCUGCACAGUGCAGGAAUGGGAGGGGCAGUAAAAAAGGACACCAGGCGCUUUAUCACUAGUAACCCUCAGCUUGUCGAAAUGGUUAAAAAUAGGGGCAACACCAUUGGUCGCUGCCCGUGUAUGCCUUCCUCCAUAUCAUCCCCAUUCCUCAGCCCUAAUUCAGUCGCCCCUAAUGCCACCGCCAUGCAGAUUAAUGCAAAUAAAAACCCGCAGUCAUACCAUUCUGCCACCCUUCCGGCCAAACUCAAGAGAAGUCCUGAAAUGCAUGCUCAGAGACUCAACGACUCCAGUCUAGAUUUCAGGCCGCCGACUGCCGAGAGGAGAAGCUCCUUUUCCGGCCUGGAGAGCGAACUAGAGCGGAGUGGUAUGGACCCCGAGCACUUCAUGGCGCUGUAUAAGAGGGAGGGCUGCAGUGGGGGUACCGCUAACCGUCCCCCACCGCGCUCAAGGAGCCAACCUAGUAGCAGCACUGAGGACUGGUUCAGAUCAGAGCCGAGGGCAAAGCAUGCAGUCCGUCAGUCUCCUCAGUCUCGUCCUAACGAUUCUCUUUGUUUCUCUGCUGCCCCCAGUGUAAGUGGUCAGCGAGCAGACCUCAACACCAUCUCACUGGGGAGGGGGGACCACCCUUCAGCUUUUGUCAGGCAGACAUCUUCUGGCUCUAGGGCUUGCAUUACAUCUCCAACUCCAAACCCCCAAUCUCCACCUCCUCCACCACCCGCACCACCACCUCCUAUGUCAAUAUGUCAAGCUAACGCUAGCAACUCAGGAUGCACGCAGGACACCCUCCACCCCCUCCAGUCCCGGCAGAACCACAUCCAGGCGGUCACCCCGACCCUACAGACGCAGACGGACCCCUUCUGCAACAGCCUGCAGCGUGGCCGGGAGCUGAAGCGCAGCUCCAGCAACGUGACGGCCAGCUCCGGCAGCGUGGAGGUUCUGUUCGAUAAGCCGUGUCGGAGCCGCAGCCAGCAGCCCUUGUCACCGUCUGUGCCCCAGCAAGGUGAGACCAAAGUCCAGCGGAGGCCAACGAGGAAGCGGCUCUCCAAGAGCUACUCCCAAGGCUCGGUAUCGGCCCACACCACCUGCUGGUCCACGGGCAACCGGAUAGACAGCAGGAGGGCAUCGGUGGCGUUUCCACUGCAGAAGGACGCGAAACACAUGAAGGGCUCGCAAAAGCUGGACAACAGUCCGUGGAGGUGCAACGGGCCUUUUAGCUACUGCUUCUUCAAACGUAAGAGUGAAGGAGAGGAGGAUGAGAUAGAGUGGGAGAGGCCCAGGAGGAGCCGCGAUAUUGACGGUGGCGCCGCCGCGUCGGCCAUCUUGCCCUGUGGCUCGGCAGUGGACGUGGCGGGGGAGCAGCUGUACGGGGAAGUCCUCAACAACAUGAGCUUCAGCGACCGCCUCGCACGGAUCAACGCACUCAAAGACCGCAUGUACGGUUUCCCCUCCGGCUUCCUCGACGUCCGGCGGGACGCCAGUGAGCUCAUAGCGCUGGUGCGAUCCAGCGUGGGGCGCUGCGACCGCGGCGCCCAGAUGCCUCUGCAGGACGUGUCCCAGUACAAGACGCUGCUCUCCGUCGAGUCGAAGGAAUUGGGCCGGGCGUGCCGCAGGAUGGCGCAGGCCCACGGGACCCCCGAGGAGAUGCUGCUAGCGGUGACGUGUAGCUUCCAGGUGCUGUGCUGCCUCUGCGAAGCCUGCAUGUGUCUGGUCCGGGGGCUCGGACCCUCGGCCUCGCACCAGCAGAGAGAAGUCGUGGCUAAAGUCGACGAGGUUGUUAUGAACUAUAUCUGUUUGCUGAAAGCGGCCGAGGCGGCCACCGUGGGAGCGCCAGGGGAGCACAGCGUGAAAGCCCUGGUCCGCCACUCCAGCACCAUGUCGGCCAUUGCUAACGCACUCACCCGCUCCCUUAAAACGCUGCUUAGCAAGUAGAGGCUGCUCUUUAUGCUCUAUGGUGUGGCCUACGCAGUCAGUAGAAGUCUGUCUUUAAGCAUCUUGUUGUUGUUUUUACACUGCAGAAAAGGUGCGUCUAAA